AACCCUAACUCAUUCUUUCACUUCUCCAGCCGUCACAGACAACCGGCCGCCAGGAAGCAUGGCCGACCGUGCCCUGCUAAUCACCUCCUCCCUUUCUGUCUUUCAAUUUGUUCCUGUCGCUCACUUUCGUUCGGCCGCCAGGAAGCACCAGCGGCUGGCUCUGGCCGACUGCGCCCUGCACAGAGCCACACAGCCGCCCACUCUCUGUUUGGUUUCUGUUUUUUUUUCGUUUCUACUUGCCGCACUAUUACUCGGUCGCCAAGGAGAACUAGACAUUUGCACUGUGCAAUUGAACUCGAAUUUAGUCCUCAUUUACUCGAAUCCCUUACUGUGUGUUUAAAUAUAUGAGAUGGAUAUCUUGUAAUGGGAUCGAGUUUUGGAGGAAAAAAAUUGUAGAUCCGGGCCCCGCGAUAUUUCUGUUAUUUUCUGUGAUGAUUUUAGUGCAUCUAUGCACAUUCACGCGGUUUAAAAAAAAAUUAGGGUUCUAACCGUAA